AUGCCGGCCAUCCUGGUCGCCUCCAAAAUGAAGUCGGGACUGCCCAAACCCGUGCACAGCGCCGCGCCCAUCCUGCACGUGCCCCCAGCCCGGGCCGGCCCCCAGCCCUGCUACCUCAAGUUGGGAAGCAAGGUGGAGGUGAGCAAGACUACCUACCCUAGCCAGAUCCCCCUGAAAUCCCAGGGGCUGCAGGAGCCGGCGGGGGAGGGGCUCCCGCUGCGGAAGAGCGGCUUGGUGGAAAACGGGUUCGAUACCCAGAUCUAUACGGACUGGGCCAAUCACUAUUUAGCCAAAUCGGGCCACAAACGUCUCAUCAAGGACCUCCAGCAAGAUGUGACGGACGGCGUCCUCCUGGCUCAGAUUAUCCAGGUUGUGGCAAAUGAAAAGAUUGAAGACAUCAAUGGCUGUCCGAAGAACAGAUCGCAAAUGAUUGAAAACAUAGAUGCCUGCUUGAAUUUCCUGGCAGCGAAGGGAAUAAACAUCCAGGGACUGUCUGCAGAAGAAAUCCGGAACGGCAACCUCAAGGCCAUCCUGGGCCUCUUCUUCAGCCUCUCCCGCUACAAGCAGCAACAACAGCAGCCCCAGAGGCAGCACCUGUCUGCCCCGCCGCCGCCGCUGCCGCCCGCCGGGGCCCAGGCGGCCGCGGCCCCCUCCCAGUGCCAGGCUGGCGCUCCUCAGCAACAGGUGCCCGCCGCCCCCCAAGCCCCGGGCCAGCCUCUGCAGCCGGUGCCACAUCAGCAGUCAAAAGCACAAGCUGAAAUGCAGUCCAGUGCAUCAUCCAAGGACUCAUCUCAAAGCAAAAUCAUCCGCUUCACUCUGGGUCAGAAAAAGAUUUCUAGGCUUCCGGGUCCUACCGCAAGGGUAUCCACUGCGGGCAGCGAAGCCAAAACACGUGGAGGGUCAGCCACUGCUAACAACCGACGCAGCCAGAGCUUUAACAACUAUGACAAGUCCAAACCAGUCACCUCCCCACUUCCACCACCACCACCACCAAGCAGCCACGAGAAAGAGCCAUUGGCGAGCCCAGCCUCCACCCACCCCGGAAUGAGCGAAAAUGCACCUGCUCCUCUGGAGAGCGGCUGCAAUUCCAGCCCCGCUAACAGCAGCACCUCCUCGGCCAUCCCUCAGCCCGGCGCAGCCUCCAAGCCCUGGCGCAGUAAGUCGGUCAGCGUGAAGCACAGCGCCACGUCGUCUAUGCUCUCGGUCAAGCAGCCCAUGCCCGAGGCCCCCAGGUCCCCCGCUGAAGCCAUGAAGCCGGCCCCCAACAAUCAGAAGUCCAUGCUGGAAAAACUCAAGCUUUUCAACAGCAAAGGGGCUUCCAAGGCAGGCGAGGGCCCGGGGUCGCGGGACACGAGCUGCGAACGGCUCGAGAUUCUGCCCAGCUUUGAAGAGAGCGAAGAGAUGGAGGCCACCAGUCGCUCGCUGUCCACGGUGGGUCCUGCUUCCAACAGCCCCAAGAUUGCACUCAAGGGCAUCGCCCAGAGAACUUUUAGCCGGGCACUGACCAACAAGAAGAGUUCCCCGAAAGCCAACGAGAAAGAAAAGGAGAAACAACAGCGGGAGAAGGAAAAGGAGAAAAGCAAGGACCUCGCCAAGAGAGCCUCUGUGACGGAAAGGCCGGACCUCAAAGAGGGGCCGAAGGAAGACCCCAGUGGGGCGGUGGUGACCGAGAUGCCAAAAAAGUCCUCCAAGAUCGCCAGCUUCAUCCCCAAAGGGGGAAAGCUCAACAGUGCCAAGAAGGAGGCUACAGCCCCUUCCCACAGUGGAAUACCAAAACCAGGAAUGAAGAGCAUGCCCGGGAAAUCCCCAAGUGCCCCUGCGCCUUCCAAGGAGGUGGAGCGGAGCCGGGGUGGGAAGCCGAGCUCGGGGCUCCCCCAGCAGAAGCCCCAGCUGGACAGCAGACACUCCAGUUCCUCCUCCAGCCUGGCGUCCUCAGAAGGCAAAGGCCCUGGAGGGACCACCCUGAACCACAGCAUCAGCAGCCAGACUGUCAGCGGGUCCAUCGGGACCACUCAGACCACAGGAAGCAAUACCGUCAGUGUCCAGCUACCUCAGCCCCAGCAGCAAUACAACCACCCCAACACCGCCACCGUCGCGCCUUUCCUGUACAGGUCCCAGACAGACACCGAAGGGAAUGUUACUGCUGAAUCCAGCUCCGCGGGUGUGAGCAUGGAGCCCAGCCACUACACCAAGAGUGGACAGCCUGCUCUGGAAGAACUCACUGGGGAAGACCCCGAGGCUCGGCGACUGCGGACCGUGAAGAACAUCGCCGACCUGCGGCAGAAUUUGGAGGAGACCAUGUCUAGUUUACGGGGGACUCAGGUCACACACAGCACAUUGGAAACCACAUUUGACAGCAAUGUCACCACGGAGAUAAGCGGACGCAGUAUCCUCAGCUUGAGUGGCAGACCCACUCCCCUGUCCUGGAGACUCGGCCAGUCCAGCCCUCGGCUCCAAGCAGGAGACGCCCCCUCUAUGGGCAAUGGGUACCCACCUCGAGCCAAUGCCAGCCGCUUCAUCAACACUGAGUCGGGCCGCUACGUGUACUCUGCCCCUCUGAGGAGGCAGCUCGCCUCCAGGGGAAACAGUGUGUGCCACGUGGACGUCUCAGACAAGGCAGGAGAUGAGAUGGACCUGGAAGGCAUCAGCAUGGACGCCCCAGGCUACAUGAGUGAUGGGGAUGUUCUGAGCAAGAACAUCCGGACAGAUGACAUCACCAGCGGGUACAUGACCGACGGUGGACUUGGCCUCUAUACUCGUCGCCUGAACCGGCUCCCCGAUGGGAUGGCUGUGGUGCGGGAGACCCUGCAAAGAAAUACCUCCCUGGGCCUUGGCGAUGCUGACAGCUGGGAUGACAGCAGCUCCGUCAGCAGUGGGAUCAGCGACACCAUAGACAACCUCAGCACCGAUGACAUCAACACCAGCUCCUCCAUCAGUUCCUAUGCCAACACACCUGCCUCCUCUCGCAAAAACCUGGAUGUGCAGACCGACGCUGAGAAGCAUUCACAGGUGGAGAGGGGUUCCCUGUGGUCGGGCGAUGAUGUCAAGAAGUCAGACGGAGGCUCAGACAGCGGCAUAAAGAUGGAGCCUGGGUCUAAGUGGAGACGGAAUCCCUCAGACGUGUCUGACGAGUCUGACAAAAGCACGUCGGGCAAGAAGAAUCCGGUCAUCUCCCAGACGGGCUCGUGGCGGCGAGGCAUGACCGCGCAGGUGGGCAUCACCAUGCCGAGGACGAAGGCGGCUGCCCCGGCAGGCCCGCUCAAGACCCCAGGAACUGGAAAAACAGAUGAUGCAAAGGUGUCUGAGAAGGGAAGACUGUCUCCCAAAGCCUCCCAGGUGAAGCGCUCCCCAUCAGACGCAGGCCGCAGCAGCGGUGAUGAGUCCAAAAAGCCCCUCUCCGGCAGUUCCAGGACCCCCACUGCCAAUGCCAAUAGUUUUGGAUUCAAGAAGCAGAGCGGCUCGGCCGCUGGGCUGGCCAUGAUCACAGCCAGUGGGGCUACCAUCACCAGCAGGUCAGCCACACUGGGCAAGAUCCCCAAGUCAUCGGCACUCGUCGGUCGGUCCGCUGGCCGGAAGACGAGCAUGGACGGGGCUCAGAACCAGGACGAUGGGUACCUGGCUCUCAGCUCCCGCUCCAACUUGCAGUACCGGAGUUUGCCAAGGCCCAGUAAGUCCACCAGCCGCAACGGGGCCGGGAACAGGUCUAGCACCAGCAGCAUCGAUUCCAACAUCAGCAGUAAGUCCGCGGGCCUGCCGGUGCCCAAGCUGAGGGAGCCUUCCAAAACGGCCCUGGGCAGCUCUCUGCCCGGUCUGGUCAACCAGACAGAUAAGGAGAAAGGCAUCUCAUCCGACAAUGAGAGUGUGGCUUCCUGUAACUCAGUGAAGGUGAACCCGGCGGCCCAGCCUGUGUCCGGUGCGGCUCAGGCGACGCUCCAGCCAGGCACCAAGUACCCUGACGUGGCCUCUCCCACGCUCCGCAGACUCUUUGGUGGGAAGCCUACCAAGCAAGUGCCCAUUGCCACAGCAGAAACCAUGAAAAACUCAGUGGUGAUCUCCAAUCCUCAUGCCACCUCGACCCAGCAAGGUAACUUAGAGUCCCCCUCAGGCAGCGGCGUUCUGAGCAGUGGGAGCAGCAGUCCUCUCUACAGUAAGAAUCUGGAUAUCAACCAGUCUCCUCUAGCCUCCAGCCCCAGCUCAGCCCACUCGGGCCCUUCCAACAGCCUCACCUGGGGCACCAACCCCAGCAGCUCGUCCGCGGUCAGCAAGGACGGCCUGGGCUUCCAGUCCGUCAGCAGCCUCCACACCAGCUGCGAGUCCAUUGACAUCUCCCUCAGCAGCGGCGGGGGGCUGAGUCACAAUUCCUCCACGGGCCUCAUCACCUCCUCUAAAGAUGACUCCCUGACUCCCUUCGUCAGAACCAACAGUGUGAAGACCACGCUGUCAGAAAGCCCUCUCUCUUCCCCUGCUGCUAGCCCUAAGUUCUGCAGAAGUACUCUGCCCAGGAAACAGGACAGUGACCCGCACCUUGAUAGGAACACUUUGCCUAAAAAAGGACUCAGGUAUACUCCCACCUCCCAGCUUCGCACCCAAGAAGACGCAAAAGAAUGGUUACGGUCCCACUCUGCAGGAGGCCUGCAGGACCCCGCUGCCAAUUCCCCUUUUUCCUCUGGCUCCAGUGUAACGUCUCCCUCCGGAACAAGAUUCAACUUUUCCCAGCUUGCGAGUCCCACCACUGUUACCCAGAUGAGCUUGUCCAACCCAACCAUGCUGAGGACCCACAGCCUCUCCAAUGCCGAUGGGCAGUAUGACCCAUACACCGAUAGCCGAUUCCGGAAUAGCUCCAUGUCCCUGGAUGAGAAGAGCAGAACCAUGAGCCGCUCGGGCUCCUUCCGGGAUGGAUUUGAAGAAGUUCACGGAUCCUUGCUCUCCUUGGUUUCCAGCACGUCAUCAAUUUAUUCUACACCAGAAGAAAAGUGCCAGUCGGAGAUUCGCAAACUGCGGCGGGAGCUGGAUGCCUCACAGGAAAAGGUUUCAGCUUUGACCACGCAGCUGACCGCAAACGCUCACCUGGUGGCGGCCUUUGAACAGAGUCUUGGAAACAUGACAAUCAGGCUCCAGAGUUUGACCAUGACAGCUGAGCAAAAGGAUUCAGAACUGAAUGAGUUAAGAAAAACCAUCGAGCUGCUGAAGAAACAGAACGCAGCCGCCCAGGCUGCCAUUAAUGGGGUCAUUAACACACCGGAGCUCACCUGCAAAGGAAGCGGUACCUCGCAGUCUGCAGACCUCCGCAUCCGCAGACAGCACUCCUCUGAUAGUGUCUCCAGCAUUAACAGCGCUACCAGCCACUCCAGUGUGGGCAGCAACAUAGAGAGUGAUUCCAAGAAAAAGAAGAGAAAGAAUUGGGUCAAUGAGUUACGCAGCUCCUUCAAGCAAGCCUUUGGGAAGAAGAAGUCCCCCAAGUCUGCAUCCUCUCAUUCGGACAUCGAGGAGAUGACCGAUUCUUCAUUGCCUUCCUCACCAAAGUUACCACACAACGGUUCCACGGGUUCCACACCACUGUUGAGGGGCUCUCACUCCAACUCCCUCAUUUCAGAGUGCAUUGAUAGUGAAGCCGAGACGGUCAUGCAGCUCCGAAAUGAACUGCGAGACAAGGAGAUGAAGCUGACAGACAUCCGCCUAGAAGCCCUCAGCUCUGCACACCAGCUCGACCAGCUCCGGGAGGCCAUGAACAGGAUGCAGAGUGAAAUAGAGAAGCUGAAAGCUGAGAAUGACCGGCUGAAGUCCGAGUCUCAAGGCAGUGGCUGCAGCCGGGCGCCCUCCCAGGUGUCCCUCUCGGCCUCCCCUAGGCAGUCCAUGGGCCUCUCCCAGCACAGCCUGAACCUCACGGAGUCAACCAGCCUGGACAUGUUGCUGGAUGACACUGGUGAAUGCUCGGCUCGGAAGGAAGGAGGCAGGCAUGUUAAGAUAGUUGUCAGCUUUCAGGAGGAAAUGAAGUGGAAGGAGGAUUCCAGACCACACCUCUUUCUUAUUGGCUGCAUUGGAGUUAGUGGCAAGACGAAGUGGGAUGUGCUCGAUGGGGUGGUUAGACGACUGUUCAAAGAAUACAUCAUCCACGUCGACCCCGUGAGUCAGCUGGGGCUGAAUUCAGAUAGCGUUCUGGGCUACAGCAUUGGGGAAAUCAAGCGCAGCAACACCUCCGAGACCCCCGAGCUUCUUCCCUGUGGCUAUCUGGUUGGCGAGAACACGACCAUCUCUGUGACCGUCAAAGGGCUCGCGGAGAACAGCCUGGACUCGCUGGUAUUCGAGUCCCUGAUCCCCAAGCCCAUCCUGCAGCGCUACGUCUCCCUGCUGGUGGAGCACCGGCGGAUCAUCCUCUCCGGCCCCAGCGGCACCGGGAAAACCUACUUAGCCAACCGGCUGUCUGAGUAUUUGGUGCUGCGGGAGGGACGGGAGCUGACAGAUGGUGUCAUCGCCACCUUCAACGUGGACCACAAGUCCAGCAAGGAAUUGCGCCAGUACUUGUCCAACCUUGCUGACCAGUGCACCAGCGAGAACAACGCUGUGGACAUGCCCCUCGUCAUCAUCCUCGACAACCUGCAUCACGUCAGCUCCUUGGGCGAGAUCUUCAAUGGGCUGCUCAACUGCAAGGACCAUAAAUGCCCUUACAUAAUCGGCACAAUGAACCAGGCUACCUCGUCUACUCCCAAUCUGCAGCUUCAUCACAACUUCAGGUGGGUGCUUUGUGCCAAUCACACGGAGCCCGUGAAGGGCUUCCUUGGCCGGUUCCUGAGGCGGAAGCUCAUGGAAACCGAGAUCAGUGGGCGAGUGCGGAAUGUGGAGCUGGUAAAAAUCAUCGACUGGAUUCCCAAGGUCUGGCAUCACCUCAACCGCUUCCUGGAGGCUCACAGCUCCUCAGACGUCACCAUAGGCCCCCGGCUCUUCCUGUCAUGCCCCAUCGAUGUGGAUGGCUCCAGGGUGUGGUUCACCGACUUGUGGAACUACUCGAUUAUCCCCUAUCUCUUGGAAGCCGUCAGAGAAGGACUCCAGCUCUAUGGAAGGCGGGCCCCCUGGGAGGAUCCCGCCAAGUGGGUGAUGGACACCUACCCCUGGGCAGCCAGCCCACAGCAACAUGAGUGGCCUCCCCUGCUGCAGCUCCGGCCUGAGGAUGUCGGCUUUGACGGCUACUCCAUGCCUCGGGAAGGGUCUGCGAGCAAGCAGAUGCCCCCCAGUGAUGCUGAAGGAGACCCACUGAUGAACAUGCUGAUGAGGCUGCAGGAGGCGGCCAACUACUCUAGCCCCCAGAGCUACGACAGCGACUCCAACAGCAACAGCCAUCAUGACGACAUCCUGGACUCGUCCCUAGAGUCGACUCUGUGACAGGGGCCAGCCGUGGAGCCUGCCCGCCUCCCCGCUCCCUGCCCUGCUCCACCUGCGUGCCCCGCACCCUCCUGAAGAUGCCCUCCUGAGCCAGCCCCCCGGCCGCGGCACCGAGAGCUGCAGGGAUA